AUGCUCUGGCCUCGGACGGAGCAAAACACACGCGUCUCUGAGCCGAACGUCCCGUCGUCGAGCACUCCGUGCGACGACGCCAGCGGCGAAGAGAACAAAGACGGCAGCGUCGCGACCGACGAGGACAAGGCUGUGGCGCGUGCCAGCGGCGAAGCGGGCUAUCUGGACGCAAUAUCGGAGGGGAUAGAUGGCCUAACUCGCAAGCUCUCGGACAGCCUCGACACUCUCAAGUCGUUCCUGUCCGACGCCGGUUCCUCGAGCACCGACCUCUUCUCGUCGCUCAAGCCGAGCGAACUCAAGAAGGUGCGGAUCGAGGGGAGCAAGGGAAGGUCGAAAGGGGCGCGGCAAACGACAGGGGGAGGCGGCGCCUUGGACGUGCUCAACGAGAUCAAGUCGCUCCGUGCCACGCUGCGCGAGGAUGAGAGCUCGGCGGCCGAGAGGCGCGCCGAGCAGCUGCAACGCGAGAAGCGGCAGAAGCUGCUCGGCCUCGCGCUGGAGGAGAUCCUGCAGACGGAGGCGAACUACCUGGCCGACAUGAGCUACUGCUGCGACCACCUGAUGGCACCUCUCAGCGCUGUCGAGGCCGAGCUCGCAUCGGCGCGCGAGGAUGGCCUGGAGCCCUCCGUGGUCGGCGAGCGCAUGCUGCCCGCCUUCAUGAAGCUGCUGCCCUUCUUCAAAAUGUACUCCACGUAUUGCGCCGGGUACCCAAACAUGAGCGGCGCACUCGCGGAGGCGCGCGCCAACCGCGCCGCGGAGGCGAUCAUCUCGAAGGCGCACACGCCGCUCGAGCAGCUGCUCUUCCGGCCGGCGCAGUUCUCAAAGGCGAUCACGAAGAUGCAGGAGAUCAUCGGGCAGGUCAACGAGGACGUGCGGCGGCAGGAGGAGCAGGCGCGCGCUGCGAACGUGCUGCUCAGCGAGGUGGGAGGGGAGGCGGCCGCGCUGCUCACCGCCGCGCGCACUCUCGCCAUGGAGUGCGAGCUCGACCUCAAGGUCUCGAGCGGCGGAGGCUUUGGCGACCCGACGUGGCACUUUCACGGUCUCGGCGAAUCGGCUCUGCGAACCUCGGCGAACCUCGGCGAACUUCGGCGGGCGAUCCUCGGCGACCCUCGGCGAACCUCGAACGUUCGCGGCAGGUACAUUUUUAGCGACAUGAUCAUGGUCUGCGGCAAGAACAAGCUCCGCCCGGGCUACCACAAGAAGAUGACCAUCCCGCUCGACGAGGUCCUGCUCGCGGCGGGGCGGCGCAACUCGCAGUCGUUUACGCCGACGACGCGCUUGAGCAAUGCAGACAGCCUCAGCUCCAGCCGCUCGAUCCCUCUUGGUGGCAUCCAUCGCAGCAGCAGGGCGGAGGAGCCGGACAGCCCCUCCUCGGCAGCAGACCUGAGCCAUCGCGCGCAGUCCAUCGCGGCCGAGGACAAGCCGGAGGUCUUCUACAUGCGGUGGACGACCAAGGCGGCCGCCGAGAAGGCGGGAAAGUCCGGCAGCACGCGGGAGGUGGGCACUCUGUACAAGUGCUGGGCCCAGGAUGCCGCGGAGCGCUCGCUGAUUCUGGACAAGAUCUUGAGUCUGCAGGCGGACGGCAUUGACAAGGCGCAGUCGCGGAGUAGAGCUCACACCAUGUCGUAG